AUGAAAAAGAAUAACUAGUCAAAUAGUUUAUUGAAAUAUUUUAGUAAAUAAGAUACCAAAACUGUUAAUAAUUCGUAAAAUUCUUCUAAAGACAAAGACAAAGAAAAAGAUUCUAAAGAAAAAACAAAAGAAUCUUCAUCUAAAACUUAAUACAAAUAAACUAAGGAAAUAAAGCAUGAAGAACCUAAAAAAUAAGAACAAAAUAAGAAGCAAAAUGAAUAAAAGGAAGAAAAAGAAAAAAGAAAUUUUAGUUAAGAUAUAAAAAAUACUCGAUCAACUCCCAUUAAAAAAGUUUAAGAGUAGAAAAAAGAAGAAAUAAAAUCUUCUAAAAAUAAAAUGAAUGUAGAGAAUUCAGGAACUGAAGAAUUAUCUGCCACUGAAAGUCUAACAGAACCUGCAUUAAGCGAAAAUGAGGAAAAAAAUAAAUCUUCCAAUCAAAAUAAAGGGAGAAAUGUUUCAAGUGAUAAUAAAUAGUAAUAAGCGAAAGACGUAAAAAUGAAUUAAAGUUAGACAAGAUCAAAUGAUAAUAAAAAAGUAGAUCCCAAGUAAUCAAGUAAAAAGCCAUAAAAGAAAAAUGAGACUGAUGACGAUGAUUACGGUAUUAAUGAUGAAGAAGAGGACUUACCCAAAAAUAGCAAACAAAAAAAAUUAGUAUAAGGGAGCCAAAAAAAAAAUAAAAUGAUAGUUGAAGAUGAUGAUUAUGAAGAAAAAGAAGAGGAUAAAGAUGAUAAGGAGUUGCAUAAGAAUAGUAAAUCAAAAAGGGUUUUAGUAAAAGGAGGAUAAAAAUAAAAUAAAAUGAUAGAUGAAGAUGACUAUGAUGCUGAAGAAGUAGAUGAUUAUGUAGAAGUAAAAAAAACUACCAGCAGGACAAAGGCUUUAGAAGAAAAGAAUUUAAAAAAAAUAGAAGAAAAUAAACAAAAGUAAUAAGUUUCUGCAAAAAAGGAUAAAGCUCCUCCUUAAAAAGAUAAAAAUAGUUCUAAUGGAAAUAUAGAUUCUGAUAUUUUAGCAGGAUAAACAAUUGUUUUUACUGGUGAUUUUGAUGGAAUUUCUAGAGAUACUAUGUCUAAAAUAGUUACAGAUAUGGGAGCUAAAAAUACAGGUAGUGUUAGUGGAAAGACCACAUUGCUUGUCCAUGGAAGUGUUUUGGAGGAUGGAAGACCUCCUGAAUAAGGAAAAAAAUACUAAACAGCAAAAUAAAAGGGAACUAAAAUUAUGAAUUAGUCUUAAUUUAGUGAUUAUUUAAAGGAUUUAACAGGAAAGAGUCUAGAAGACUAUGCAAAUGUUGGUUAAAAUGGAAGUAGAUUUGAUAAAUUUGCUGCUGUGCCUAAUAAUAACAACAAUAAUCCUUAAACUCAAUAGAAAAAAGACUCUCAACCUUCCAAAAAAAUAUUAUAACCACUAAACAAACCCAAAGAAGCUACUAAAUAUGAUCCUAAAAGUAAAUAAUAAAAUUAAUAACCGUAAAUGGUCAUCCAUAAGCCUCCUAAAUAAGAAUAAAUUUGGACAGAAAAGUAUGCUCCAAGCAGUAUUAACCUAUGCAUUGGAAACUAAAAGAAUUAUGAAAAAAUGAUGGAAUGGUUGCAUGAUUGGGUUGAAGUUGUAAUAAAGGGUAAUAAAAAAUAAGUUAAAAAUUCAUUUUUCAACAGAGCUUAGGGGGUACCUGAUAAUUCAAGUAAUGUUAAUGCAAAAGCCUGCUUAUUGAGUGGUCCUCCAGGAAUAGGAAAAACAACAUCAGUAAGACUUAUAGCUAAGUUUAUGGGAUAUGAAAUAAGAGAAUGGAAUGCUUCGGAUGAACGUAAUAAAAAGAGUGUUAACAAUAUACUAGGAGACCUUAAAUCUAACUCUAUUCUAAAUUUAUUAAAAAAAAAUAAUACAAGUGAUUAAACAAACAACAAGGCUGAUGAUGAAGUCGAAGCUAAAACAAAUAAAAAAUUCAUAAUAUUAAUGGAUGAAGUUGAUGGUAUGUCUUCUGGAGACAGAGGUGGUAACCAAGCUCUUAUAGAUGCUAUCAAAAAUACAAAUGUACCAAUCUUUUGUAUAUGUAAUGAUAGGAUGAAUCCUAAGAUUAGGAGCUUAGCAAAUCACUGUUAUGAUAUCAAGUUUAUAAAGCCAGCAAAAUAAGAUGUUGCAAAAUAUAUGAAAAAUGUAUGUGAAUAAGAAGGAUUUAAAGAUGUUGAAAUAGAAUCAUUAGAAGCAAUAUCAGAAAGGUUUGGAAAUGACCUCCGUUAAACAUUAAAUUUUUUGGAAAUGCAUUUUAAGACGAGCAAGAGAUUAUAGGGAAUUAAUUCUAAACAACUAAAUUCAGGUUAAAAGGAUGCCACAGUAAUGCUAGAUGCAUUUUAGGCCUCAACUUAGUUGAUGUAGAGUUUCAAAUUCUAAAAAAUGACUUUGAGAGAAAGAAUAGAACUAUUCUUUAUUGAUUAUGAUUUGAUCCCACUAUUAGUUCACCAAAAUUAUCUCGAUACUAUCAAACCUAGAGAAGAUGCAUCUAAAAAUAAAAAAAAUGAUAAUUUUAAUGUAAAAGAACUUUAAAAUCUAGUAGAUGCAACUUCAUCUAUAGCGUAAAGUGACUUAUUAAGUAAAUCUAUUAGAUAAAGUGGUAAUUGGUCAUUACUUCCAAAUUUUGCUUUUACAAGUUGUAUCUACCCAUGUGAUAAAGUUUGUGAAGAUAAACCUAUAUAUCCUAGAUUCCCUGAAUGGCUUGGUAAGUUUUAAACAACUAAAAAAACAACAAGAGAACUAAGAGAAUUCAGAGUAUCUCUCUCAAAAAGUAUAUCUGGCUCUAGAUUUGCUGUAAAGUUUGAUUAUGUGCCAUUUUUACUCAAAAUUAUAUUGAGCCAUCUAAAGAAAGGAAAAAACUCAGAUAUAGAGACAGUUUUAGAUUACUUAGAGUAUUAUAAUAUAAAACCCUAACACUUAAAGGAACAUCUCAAUGAUUUAUAAUACCCAAAAAAUGAUUAUUAUGGUGUUGUAUCUAGUGAUAUAAAGACAAAAUUAACAAAAGAAUACAAUAAAAGAUAUUCCGAUAGCAGUAACAAAAUAAAAACACAAAAAAAGCAAAGCAAAUCAGAACCUUCAUAAGGUAAGUAUGAUAAAAAUUUAGAUGAUGUCGUCUAUUCAGAUACAGAAGAGUUAUAAUUAGAUGAAAAUGGGGAUGUUGUUGAACCUUAGUAAGAUGAAUAAGAAAAGUCAAAGAUAAAAAAACAAUAAUAGAAAAAUAAAUAAAAUAAUAAAAGUAAGGCACCUAAAACUAAAAAACCUAAAUCUAAAAAGAGCGGUAGCGAUUCACUAACAGAAGAAAUCAGCGAAGAUGAAGAUGGUUCAAACAGUUUAAAUUAAUUCAUAGUUGAUGACACCGAAAACGAUGAUUGA